AUGGAGGAGUUCAAUAAAAGAGCUCCACGUCUUUUUGGGUACGCCUUGUCAAACACGUUUAACAAGAUUCUUUCAUGUUGCUACUUGCCUGGUACAGGGAUGAACAUGAGUUUUGGGCCUCUAGUCGCAAGCUUGGGUCUUGGAUCCGCAGCAAUCAUGUCAUUCAAACCAAAGUCAAUCAAAGUCAAAACAGAGAAAUUGUCAGAUCAGACAUCCUCUGAGCAGCCUCAUGGCGGUGAAACACCAGACACAAAACCAACAUCAGCAAAGACGGCCAUGACACUUUUGUUCAAACACAGUGAUAUUGUCCUUCAAGUAGGUCCAGGGCUCCAAAGAGAUUGGCUUCAUGCGGAAACCAAUGGAUUUAGAAUUGCAGCAACAGCUUGUAAUAUACGCUCAGACAUCCUGAAACCUUAG